AUGGCUCGACCGCCCCCUGCCAUUCACGGUCCCGGGAGAUGCAACCCCCCUGGUCCGGAGACCCUCACAGCUCGCACUACUUCCCAUGUUCCGCGCCGCGGACUUUACCGCGCGCGCCCACCCGAAUGCGCGGUCGACUGGUCAGCCGUCGACAUCGUGACGGACACCGGCUGUCUCCGCAUGAUCAUGAACUGGAUCCGUCGCGCGAGCUGGCGCACGAACUGGGAGGAGGUGCAGCCCGAGGUCGGCUUCGACGUGCAGCCGACCGGGGGCAGGGCACUCGUGCUGCACCGCGCGCCGGCUCACGGGGCCUCGAUUGAACAGUGGGAGCACACGGCGCUGGGCCCGGGCUACAACGUGACCUACGGCCGUCAGUUCGAGGCCACGGCCACCGCGCCCGCGCCGGGAUGCGAACGCGGUCUCGAGCACUACCGGGUCAUGCAAUACGACUUUGGCGGGCUGCGGCUCGUCGUCCGCGGCGAAGUGGACGCCUACUUCCCGCUGGAGGCGGACAGGCCGUCCGUGCUCCCCCCGGUGCCUCACGAGCCCGCACCCGCACCGCCGCACCCGCCCACGCCGUCCCGGAGCGCGGACAUCGCGGUCGUCCCCGCGGGCACGGUCGUGCCCCAGUCCUCGCUCGUCGAGCUCAAGACGGAGGCGAUGCGGUUCAGCGGCAGCGAGCGGCGGCGGAUCUGGUUCCGGACGUACCCGCGGAUGCUGCUCUCGCAGACGUCGACGCUGCUCACCACCGCGCGGGCGCAGGACACGUUCAUGUUCGCCCGGCGGGAGCGCGUCGACACGGACGAGUUCCUCGCGAACGUCGCGGGGUGGCUCAGGAUGCAGCGCGGGUUCCACCAGCUCGUGGCCGUGCUGCGCCGGGUGCGGGAGGUCGCGCCCGUCUUCGGGGCCGGGCGGCCGUUCACGGCGUGGGCGCGCAAGUACCGGCUCGAGCUGGAGGAGCUCGACCCGGCGAGGUCGGCGGAGCGGCGGUUGCUGGGGCGGGAGGAUCUGGCGCGGUUUGCGCCGCGGCAGGACGCGGGGACGAAGCGGACUCGGAUAUGA